CAGAGUGUUUGAAUUUUCCAAUGGCGAGAGAGUUGUAGAUCUAAUAGACUUUGUCAUUGAAAGACUGGGCAAGUCUUUGUACAGUUCAUAGAAACAUGGAAGACCGUUCUUCACAAAUACCUUCAGGUGAUAGUGUUGAGACACUUGUUGUGGAGGACUGGGUUGACGGUGUAACGCUUCCAGAAAGAAACUUUACUGAAAGUUCCACCUCAGAUAUUCCUCUUGUUGUAGCAGACCUGGUACAAACCAACCCUUCUUCUUCUGUUCGUAACACUCUUUUUUCUAGAACAGAACGCAGUUGGUGUCGUCGUGUAUGGUUUUGGUUUUUGGUUUUAAAACUGGUUGGACUGUCGACUAGCUUGUGGUUGUUCUUCAUAGGGGUUCCUGUUGUGACUGUCAUUUUGAGUAUAGUUCUGCCAGUAACUUUGUUGGGUGUCGCUUUUAUACUAGCUUUUGUGUUGACCACAACGGUUGCUAGAAAUACAAGGCCCUAUAGAAGACAAAAUAACCAGUUCAAUCCCACCAGAUUAAGAAGUUUUCGCCCAGAAACCUCAAGCAGACAAGUGUUUCCUCUAUAUGAAAGCUCGUUUGUUUGGUCUCCUCGAAAUCACACUAACCGUGUGAUAGAUUGGAGUGAAUUGGGAGUGAAUUCGAGAAGUUUACGUCGUUUUUUGGAAGGAUUAUCGGAGGGAACUAUUCAGAGCUUACCUACUUAUAUAUUCUCUAGUAACAAGGAUAAAAGAGUUUGUUCCUCUGUGAGUCAGAAGGAGGAAUGUUUGGAUGAGGCUAUCCAAGUGGAUCCUAUACAAGCGUCUUAUCCUUGGAAUACUUUUGAAACUUGUGGUGAGCAUUUUACUUCUACCAUAGAAACCAAAGAACCUUUGAAAGACGAAAUAUCUGAUGAAAACCUGAGUUGUGCUAUUUGUUUGGAACGCUUUCGUGAUGGUGAAUGUUUGAGAAUAUUGCCUUGUUUUCAUCAGUUCCAUAUGGAUUGUAUUGACCCUUGGUUGAAACGAAAGGUUUUGAAAAGUAUCGAUUUGAAACCAUUCAACUUGUCUCAAAUGAGUCUUUGUUAUUCGUGUGCUAUCCUGCGACAGGUGGCAAAUACUUUUGACUCUUGUAUAAAAGACCCUCAAUACAGUGAGCGACGUAUUCUGUUGAGUGAAGCGAGAAGACAACACAGUGAAUAUUGUUCACUUUUGAGUUCCAAAGUUACUCAAGUUGUGGAUAUUUGUGCAGACGACCAGUUACCAGACUGCGUAUUUGUGGAGGAUACUGCAGUGGUGGUUGGAAAUAUUGCAGUUAUUACUCAUCCUGCUCCUACUUCUCGACGACAAGAAGUAGUGGAGGUGGAGAGAGUUUUGAGAAACCUUGGUUUACAAGUUUGUUCAGUGAAAGACUACGGUUGCAACCAAGUAGUGUUGGAUGGAGGUGACGUGCUUUGGACUGGAAGGCAUUUAUUCGUAGGAGUGGGUGAGAGAACCAACAGGGAAGCUGUUCAGGCUCUAAGAAAGUGUUUUGAAUCAGUAGAUGUGGUUCCCAUUAUUCUGGAUCAAGUUAUGCACUUGAAGUCAGCAGUAACAUUUAUCCCAUAUCCCACAAGCAACGAGGACAAUUAUGGGUUUCUAGUAGUGGCAGAAACAUGUCAGGGAUGUCGUGUUAUUCAGGUAGGUACAGAUAAGUGUAGACUUGCUGAGUAUUAUUCAUAUUUAGUAGACGAUUGGUUCGGUAUCCUCGAGAUAUGAAGUCAUAUGGAUACCGAAAGAAGAGGCAUAUGCUGCCAAUGUCUUAUAUUGUAAUGGUACUGUUAUCCUACCGCAGGGAUUCCCAGAAGCAACCCGACGAAUUGCCUCUCGUAUAGGAUCAUUUUAUUCUCUCGUUUCUGUCAACAUGUCGCAAUUUCGUAUAGCCAAUGGGGCUUUAACUUGUUGUUCAAUCCUCUUUUAGUGUGUGUGUGUGUG